GAGGAGGAGGAGGAGGAGGAAGACGACGACGACGACGAGAGUGGAACAAGCGUGGCGGAGGAAGACAGCGAGGAAAGUACCGAAGGCCAAAGCGGCCGCUCCUCUAUGUCAGUCGAGACGACUUUAUCCGCAUCGGCAACGCAGCCAAGCCCAUCAUAUGAUUGGUCACUACAGGCCCUUGAGAUGAGGAACGGACAGGUCAUCCCGUUGUAUCAAGCCUCCGCACACUUUUCUCCAACGGCUAAUUCAUCGUCAGCGCGCCAGAUAGACGACGUCGACUACCUCAUUGGCGAGGCGUACAUCUUGCCUUCCAACAGCAUCGUGUUGAUGCACACCGCCUCUCAUCUCGCGACAACGUCGCGACUCUACAGAUUCUCGGAGACAAUCCAGAAAUUUCUCUGGACAACAAGUCCUCUGUUUGCACGGAUGGAGCAGUUCAUCUACAACUGCGCCCAGAAGGCUGCCACGAAGCUUCCCUGGUCUAGCUCACUUCUCGAGCGACGGAGUCCCUCGAGCUCAAAGACGUUGACCCCACUUCAAAGACACCAGUCUUUCAGACGCUCGCUGUACCGUCUAUCUCGCUGGUUCCGUCUCUCCAGACUCCAGGGUAUGCUGCAGCGAUUUCACGCGGAGUCCGCGUACUUGAGCAUCGCGGAAUUGGCCAGGCUCCCGCGAAAGUCGUCCUUGCUGGAGCGGGAUAUUCGCGAAAAGCUGAUGGACGGAUCGUGGGGGCUUCUUGUGGUCAAUCGUAAGACUUGUCUCGUGGUCGAGUGGCAUAUCGGGGACGAUCAGGCCGCGAGUAGAGAUAGCGACGAGAUAUGCUGUAAGGUUAACGAGCCUCGAACUUGCUACCGCGUUGGGUUACUGGAAUAUCGGCACUUUCUGGAGUCAGGCCCUGAAGUGGACCAAGAUACCUCAAGGAUCUUCUCUAGAGCUGGAAGGAUAUGUUUCCGACUGGGAUAAGAAAUCGCCGAGCUAUACACACUUCUCUUCGCUUAGAGAGGGUACAUAACCAGAACACUUGAACACUGCAAGGAAUAGGUCUGAAUUGGCUCUCUCAGGUUCAAAUUUGGCUUAGGCUUAUAAUUACAAUAAUGGCGCACAGGAGUUGUCUCAGAAUGUCCUCACUGGACAGACGCUCUGAAAAGUCUGGCCCUUCUCCAGUCCUCACGCUCGAUUUUCUCUCUUUCACGCGUCAGCUUCCACUCAAGAUAGGUCGCUUCUCCGUCAAGCAUCUUGAUUUUGUCGCCUUCGAGUUUUUCGUACAAUGCCCAGUCAUCGAGCUGAGCAGG